GGUGAAGCUGGUGAAUCUGAGACGCUCUCUCCAACAAGGUGAACAAGCCACUCCAGGUCCAAACUCCAAACUGCACCCUCGCCGUGGCCCUCUCGCACCUCGCACCUUGCACCUUGGGCCUCGCAGCUCGCGCCUUUGCAACCUUGCAACCCUCACGCUAAGUCGACACGGACUACCUCGUACCCUACCACCAUUACUCAAACUCCAACCUCACCACCACCACCACUACCUCCUCCAUCAUCCAUCCUCACCAUCAUCGCCGAACCCCCUUCCAUCUCCCCUGUUCCUCUGCUGCGUCGCCUGGAUCCCGCUUCUUCCUCACCGCAGGCUGCUUUUAGCUAUUCCAACCGGGAGCUGGGCAAAGUCCUCCAAGCGGCGGAUCGCUCGAGUCCUGCCCUGCCUCGCCUCGCCUGACCUCCGCCUCCCGAAUUGCGAACUCCGCGUCUUCGAAUCCAGCCGCCACACUCUUUACUAAUUGUCCCUAUACUCGCUUUUCGAUUCUCUUCUACUGAGACGUUGAUCAUCAAGACUAUUCAACAACCCACACUCUGCAUUUGUUGGCAGCCGACACCCAGCCCCGACUCGUACCUCUCGAUCUUUCACGCCCUCCGCCCGGUCAUCGCCCCCCAGUAGACACCAAAACUCCGUCGAUCUGUGUCCUUCACUUGAUGGCUGCUGGUCCUUGGAUAUUCUGUGGAUAGCUAAAUAAGGUCUCGUCUGGCGACGGAAUUGCCCCUCGACGACGACGUCGCGGCCCAAGUACCGGUGAACCUCACGGCAGUUGCCACAGUUCACACGCCCAUUGCGCGGUCAGAAAUCCAAGAACAAAAGAUAUUUAUCCCACCCUGAUAUCAAGCUACGGACAUUGAGAUAUUUCAUGGUGAACACCACAGGACAACAUGAGAGAAGUCAACUUCAGCAUCCCCAAUGUCAACAAGGCCUCCGUCCACAUUACCACCACCCUCUAUGACCGCCGAGCCCUGGAUUGCACCUCGACCCUCCCCCUGAUUAACUCCCUCAAUCACUUAGCAUACCUGACAACUUCUUCUGCACGUAUUCGAGAUAUCCUUACCGUCGAUGGCGGCGUUGAGCGCCUUGUCUGCAUAUUGAAGGAGGGUCGGAGCAAAGAUGAAAUGCACAUGUGGAAAUGGAAUCUCGCUUUUCAAUGCAUCGUAAAUAUUGGUGUUCGAGGCUCAGAAAAUGUGCGGACACGUGUGGUGGAGGCAGACAUGGUCCCGGUGAUUGCGACAAUCCUGUGGGACUAUAUCUUGGUCAUCGAAAUGGAAAAGGCAAAGGCCGAUGCUGAGCAGGAAAAACGCAACGGUUCCAAGCAUUCAGGAAGUUCGAAAGCCUCCAAAUUGUCUCGAGAACUGACACAAGAUCCCGCAACAAGGACCUCCUUCUUUGAACACCUGCACGCGGCUACCGACCACCGUUCCAAUCGUCGCCAAGCUCCGCCACCGUCAUUGGAUUUACCACAGUCCUUUUCGCAGAGCUUUGGCACCACAGAAACAGGGCCAGCAGAGGGAGGAAGCAUUAUGCCUCCAAGCGUUUUUACCUCGCCUCCCGAACGAACAAUGUUCCCCCGACGUGAUCUGCACCAUCACAACCGUGGGCACGAGAGCAGAAAUUCUUUCCACAGAUCCCUCAAUUUGCAACCCCCAGCUACAGCAGUGCCCUCAAUGGAUGCUUCCGACGGAUUUUCACUGCGGCCGGUUCGGGAGGUGGAUAGACUACCUUCUAUGCUACCACCCCUCAAUACAGGCGUGACCUCUCAUCCCGACUCGCCAACUACCCCUUCUGCGCCACUCCAUCGCGGAGUACUCUCCCCUGUUGGUCGCCGCAUGAGAAGGCCCUCCAUCCGUCACCAAAAUUCUACUGGCGACAACGACGACAUGGGCAUGGAUGACGUGGCUGGCCCCGACGACGAACUCAUGGAUCCCGAGGCCCCAGCUGAAGGUCGGAGCAGGGACCAAACCCGGGAUCCCAGUCCUCACGAUCUUCACGACAUGGAUGGCCGACAACCGUUGACCCUCACUAUCCCCCCACAGCAGGCUCGAGAAAUCGAUAACAACGUGGAUAUUGCCCAGCAGACGCCAAUCACCGCAGGUAUGGGCAACCCAUUGGGCCCUGGGGGGCUCGAGGCAAUGGGUGUCUCGCCCAUCCCUCCUCCGCCUGCCACUGCUGCUUCUCCUGCAAUCCCGCUUAACGCAUAUCCGAAUUUCUUCUUGAGAAACGCGACUGCCACUGCCACUACCGCCUUGAUGCCCCGCGAUGAGGAUGUUCUAAUGGGCUUGCAAUUACUUGCUUAUAUUUCCAAAUACUGCUACCUGCGGCAUUACUUCCAAGCGACGCAUUUAGUUCCCCGACUUAGGAUCGAUCGAGAGGUUGAGAAGAUCUAUGGUCCGAUGCGAGGCUGUGCCCCUCUCCCAGAACCCACUGAAGACGAAGAUGAAGAGUUUCUGCAACCCGACGACUACAAUAUCUUCCCACUGGUGGAGAAGUUUACCGUCCGUCACCACUCAAAAGAUAUGCAAUACUGGGCAUGCGUGGUCAUGCGCAAUUUGUGCCGAAAGGAUGACGCCCGAGGAGGAAUACGCCAAUGUGCCAACUACAAAUGUGGAAAGUGGGAGGAGUACACCCGUCAGUUUGCCAAAUGCAGGCGCUGCCGUCGCACAAAAUACUGCAGCAAAGAAUGCCAGCGUGAGUCGUGGAGCAUGCACAGGCACUGGUGUCACCUGGAAAAUGCAUAUCUCAAUCGCAGGACCAACGCAUGAAUUGCCUUUUUGAAGUUGCAUAGCCGUGGAGUAUUUGGACCGAGCGUCGUUGGCGUUGGCGCCGUGGAGUUUGUCGACUUUCUCGAGGCAUGGGAUUUCAGCAUCGUUUCCGCAUUCAGCCUUUGGCAAAACACCCAGCACGAUUGAUGUACAGCGAAUCGAUAUUGUUGAACGAGGUAUGCAAAGACUUUGAGAGUAUAUAUCAUCAACGAAAUGUAGCCGAAGACGAGGCGUUGACGCGAAAAAGGCACGGGUCGACGACGAAGAUGAGCCGCAGAGGUGUUUUUGGAUUGCUGAACCUUUGAGCUGAUCUUGUCGAGUCGUCGAGGGCACAGGCUGCUGGUCUGGAGGAGAUUGUUACUGACACACCAAAUGUGUAAUAUGACGAGCCGAGUAGUGCACAAAAUGAUGAAUACUGAGAUAUCCGCAUCUGCAUCCGCAUCGAAUUGUUUCUCGUUUCUA